UUGGGGGUUUCCUUCCAGAGUCUGAUAUGCUGCCAACCCCUACCCCCUCGAGCCAUGGCACCUCGAGCAGAUUGCGUUCGCCGAAGAGCAGAAGCGACUGCAGGCGGAAUCCGAAUCCGCGAACGAAGAAGAAGAGAGCGGCGGCGAGGCGAACGAAGCUGAGGCGUGAUGAGAGCGGUCACCUCGAAACGAUUUAGUUUGUAGUUAUUAUUGUAUUAUUAUUGUUCAGUAUUUCCUUUUUUUGUUGAGAAUGUUUAGUGUUAAGUGUAAUAAAGUCGCGACUUGAAAAAUAA